CCACCCGCUGCCUGCUGCACUGCCCUUUGUUUCUGUACAUCAUUUUUCGAGCCCCUUGGCACGUUUGCGCUUCACCCACUACUCGGCUAUUCCUAGCCCGCUGCCACGACCGCUCUCGGCCGUAACCUCUCUCCGGUAUGCCUGUUAUCGAUGGCGAAAAAUGGGCUUGCUCGUCGUGCAUCAAGGGUCACCGAGUGAGCGGUUGCAAUCACACAGAUCGUGAUCUUCACCAUAUCAACCCCAAGGGCCGCCCGGUCAAGCAAUGCGAACACUGUCGCGGUGCGCGCAAGUCCAAGUCCCACCAUGCCAAAUGCGACUGUGGCGACAAGAAGGACAAGGACUCGCACAAGGACAAAAGCGAGGCGAAGACCCACGACAACCGAUGCCAGUGCCACGCGGGUGGAAAAUGCCUGUGCGGCACUAAGAAGGAUGACCUUGAUCUCAAGGUGGAUACUUCCCGCCAGACUCUCCACGACGCCCGUGCCAAGCCCAAACUGACUGGCACCCACUCGGAAAGCCAUCUGACCGUCUUCGCAAACGGCCACCACAAGCCUUGCCAUCGCAACAACAACACUGCCCAUGUCUCUGGUAUGCCCUACAAGAUCCCACGGCCACACACGCUGCACGGCCACGCGGCUUUCGCGGCUUUGUCGCAAGACAAGAAUGCUCGCCCCCAGCCAGACGUCCAGACGCAACGCUCCAUGGAUACCCUGUCAGUGUCCAACAACGAGUUUCACGCCAUGUUUGGCUCCACGCAGCGAUGUGCCGACAAGCCCCCCGUCGCAAGCGCAAGCACCAGUCUAGACGCCUUUGCCUUCAACGACAUGUUCAGUAGCCAGGUUGGUGGUAUGUUUGCCCAGGGUGGCGGUGAUUCUCCCGACAGCAACGUCAGCGAUACGUUUUCCAACCAGCAGUGGCCUUGGAUGACCAACACCAUGACGCCCGUCACUGGCGCAUUUGCAAUGGGUAGCCUGUCGACAUCGCCUUCGCAAGAUUGUCUCCCAAACCUGGACAAGGACUGGGCUGGCUUUGACCCGCUUUGGUCUGCAACCGAUCUCCCAUUGGACCCGAGCAAAUUCAACGACGAAUUGGCCCAGCCGACAUCUCACAGCGGCGAGUCGAAGCAAAGCGGUCCAGGCCUUACAGUCGCUUCGUCUACGCAUUCUGAAAUUGGCGAGGGUGGCUUGUUUAAUGACAUGGACUUCAAACCCCCCCAGUCGGCAGCCAGCGAGUCGCUGUUCUGGGAAGACACGCCUGCGUAUCGCUUCAACCCCUCGGUGCCCAGUGAACCCGUCAACGUGCCCGUAUCCAUGACAGCAGCUACGUCGGCUCCAAUGACCAACAUGCUUGGGUUUGAGUCCAUGUACGCUAAGAGCAUUGCUGCUGCGCCCGCAACCAUGACGAGCACGGCUUCGUCCGACUUUGCCGAGGUUGGUGCAAUGCAAAUGGGUAGCCAUUAUGAAAGCGGGCUCCCCGUAGACCCGUGGCAACUAGACCAGAGCAAUGGUGCAUUCAGUGCCAUGAACAACAAUGUUGACAUGUCUUGUUUUGCCAAUAACAACAACAACAAUUGGUUCUAGACGCCUGCGAAGGAACAGUCAGCCCAUGUUGGCUGACUGUUUCUUUUGAUGACGCCAUGACUGAUGACGCUGCUGGUGCGCAAUGAUACCAAGGCCUAGGCAAUGUGUCUAUCCCUAACUUCUUUUUUAUUGGCCCUUGUGGCCGUGCUCUUUGGACCGUUUAUGGUCGCCUGUGUAUAGUUUCUGACCUGGCGCGAACCCUAUGCUUUGAUCUCCGUUUUGACAUUGCCGAUAGACGAUGGCCUUCAAGCAAUUGCCUUUUUGGUGGGAACUUGGUGGUGGAACAAGCAUGCAAGCGCAAGCAUUGGUACACACUAGGGAGGCGGGUUGUUUUGCUGCAUUUUUUGGGUUCUUUUUCUCUCUAUUGCUGCUGGCAUUCUCAUUUUUUACAAAAGUAUAGACACUGGCCCUUGGACAAGAUAGCGCUGGGCCCUUGAAGAAUUUACAUAGAGCAUAGUAGUCCAAUAACAGUCUCCAUGCAUGUUU